UCAUCCAUUCUACUGCGUUUGUCUCCCUGUUCCCUUUUUUCCAUCACUCUUGGCGUCUCUUCGAUUUUCUACUUCUUCUUUUCUUUUCCAAAAUCCUCUCUUUUUCUUUUUCAUCUCCUUUUUCUGCUAGAAUCGCCAUUCGGCUCGCCUGACACGCCGUCCCCCCAAAAACGACGCCUCUCGCUUUUCUUCCAGAUCGGCAUUCCAUCUUUUCCUUCAUUUAACCUUGUCGCUGUUUUACCCGGCCUUAUCCUCCUAUUGUGCCACGCUUCCGACUUCACGUCAAGCCUUAAGAGCUUAGCUUACGCAACUGCCUGCCGCAAGACGACAAAACUAUUUCCUUCUGUGUUCUUUAAUUUCAUUAUUUCCGUUUUCUUCCAGUCGGGCUUCCUUUCAUCGACGCGUCCUUGGUCCGAUAUAAACUUCUGGACGGGCCACAACUCUCGCCCCUCUCCAUUUCUACCGCCUACAGUCGCUGGCCGACAAACUUUCUCCUCCUGCAUCUUUGGUAAUCUUUCACUAUGGUGGGCCGGAUACCUAUCCUGGGCAUAUCUGCCUUUGUUUUUAUAUGCAUUCUCUUCUCUCUUGGUUAUAACCAUGCCGACAAUUUCAAUGCCAAGCCUCUACGCCCGUACGAGUACAAAUCAAAAGCUCCAGAUGGAACAUUCGAUCCUCUGGACUUUUACUUUAACACUCUGUACAAACCCAGUGUAAAGCCUACAAGCUCUUCAUAUAAGCCUAGCGACGCAUUCGCAUGGCCCCAGUCCAACGACGUGUACUGGAAAGAUAACUUGAAGAAGCGAUUCUGCAUCAUUGAUCUUGAUAACCGCCCUUUGAAUGGCAGACAUCAGAUUUUUGGCCAGGAUAUUCUCAGCUGGGAACAUGGUCGAGAGGUUCACGGGCUAUCGGCCGGCAUCUUAAACCAUUGGAUAUACAGCAAAAUUCACGGUUACAAGUACUACUUUGUUCAAAUUGAUGAGCCCAAGGAUCGCCGCGCCUCGUGGAAAAAGGCCGUCAUUAUGACCGAAAUCCUCAAAAAGCAUGAUGCGUGUGUCUUCAUCGACAGUGACGCCAUCUUCCCUCACCUUGACCUACCCUUUGAGUGGCUCAUGAACUACUGGCAAAUCAACCCGGACAACAACUCUCUUGCUCUUGCCAGCGACCCAGAUGAGGACUACAACAAGGAUAGAUGGGGUAGAAUCUACCUCAACACAGGAUUCAUCGUUGCCCAAAAUAACGCCAAAACCUACCAAAUUCUCGACGCCUGGAACAGGUGCGCUGACGAUGGAGAGCCGUAUGCCAACUGCACAGAGUUCCGCAAAAACUCCCCUGGUAGACCAACAGACCAAGGCGGCUUUGGCACAUAUAUCCGCUACGAUUACUUCGACGACAUCAAAGAGCUCCCGUGCACCGAGGCUAAUGGAUUUCCCCUGUCAGGUACUGAUUGCCAUGGGCAGUUCAUCCGCCAUUUGUGGACUGGCAAAGAUGAUCAUAUCAAGGUAGAAGUUGGGACGCAAACGCCGGGUCCAUACCUAGAACUUUUACAUCGCCAGUUUCUGGCUGAAAAGUCCAGUUUCCACCUAACGGAGAAGCAACUGCUGUACGGCACACCCUAGGUAGAAGUGUGUGGUUCACGACCAUGUAACAUAUCAAAAGUCGCACCUAAUCAAACGAUACCCUUUUUUGUUUAACCGUCGCGCUACGCAAAUACAUACAUAUUAGUCACGUUCGAGGCUUGUUUGCGUCACUAAAUGUAGACUACGAUCGGUGAUUUUCCAUUUUUGAAUAAGGCUCCAUUAAGCCCGAUUAAUGUACCCCAAUGUUAACGAA